CCCUCCCUCUCAAAGCAGUCAACCAGCCGCAGCUCCUCCCUCAUUCCAAAGGGCCACGGUCUACGGUUUACUCUCACCAACCCACCACCCAUCAGCAUGGCCGAGCGUCUCGCCGCAGCCGCCACCCUCCGCGCCGCCGCUCCGUCCGGCCGCUUCCCGGCCGGCCGCCGCGCCGGGCCAUCCAGCUCUGCCUUCUUCCCCUCCUCAUCCUCGUCCUCCCCGGCUCUCCGCCUCGUCAGCCUCCGCGCCGCGUCGUCUCGGCCCUCCCAGAAGGCCAAGUCGGCGGGGAGGGGGCGAUCGGUGAGGUGCAUAGCAGCGGCGUCGGACGCGGCACAGCUGAAGGCCGCGCGCGAGGACAUCAGGGAGCUGCUCAACACAACCCACUGCCACCCCAUCCUGGUUCGUUUGGGUUGGCAUGAUUCUGGCACAUAUGACAAAAAUAUUAAGGACUGGCCAGAACGAGGUGGGGCUAAUGGAAGUUUAAGAUUUGACGUUGAACUGAAGCAUGGAGCCAAUGCCGGUUUGGUAAAUGCUCUAAAGCUUGUGCAACCUAUCAAGGACAAAUACCCGAGUAUAACUUAUGCGGAUUUAUUCCAGUUGGCAAGUGCUACAGCAAUUGAGGAAGCUGGUGGCCCAAAGAUUCCAAUGAAAUAUGGACGGGUUGAUGUCACAGGACCUGAGCAGUGUCCACCUGAAGGGAAGCUUCCUGAUGCUGGCCCGAGUGCUCCUGCUGACCACUUGAGGCUGGUAUUCUACAGAAUGGGCCUUGAUGACAAGGAAAUCGUUGCUUUGUCUGGGGCACAUACACUUGGAAGGUCUAGGCCCGAACGGAGUGGCUGGGGGAAACCUGAAACAAAAUAUACUAAAAAUGGUCCUGGUGCACCUGGUGGACAAUCAUGGACAGCUGAAUGGCUGAAGUUUGAUAACAGUUACUUCAAGGAGAUAAAAGAGAAAAGAGAUCAGGAUCUUCUUGUGUUGCCUACAGAUGCUGCAUUAUUUGAGGACCCAGCAUUCAAGGUCUAUGCAGAGAAAUAUGCAGCAGACGAAGAAGCAUUCUUUAAUGACUAUGCGGAGGCUCAUGCUAAACUGAGCAGCCUGGGUGCAAAGUUUGAUCCUGCCGAGGGAUUCUCAUUGGAUGAUUAGCGUGGCGCGUUAGCCAGAGAACCCUUGAAGCAGCCAAACACACUUCCAAAAGGACCAGAGGACGGCACAACUUAAUCACCAUCGUUCCUCUCCAGCUUGGUGUCACCAUACUACAGGACGAGGCAUUUUCCCAACUUAUUAUCAUAUAUGUACAAGAUAGAGAUUUUCCUUUCCAGCUUGGUCAAAUUGUUAGAUUUGGCAAUUGAGGUGCAAAAAUAAUACAGGCAUGCAAACAAAUCUGAGCCAUUCAUUCAUGUGAACCUGCUCCGAUGACAAAUUCGUUUCAUUCAAAAAUUUAUCACAUGAUGCUUUGCCUGCC